GCAAUGAGCUGACGACAAGCACCAACAAUAUGCCUCGACGUUUCGGGCCUCAGCGGCCGUAUUGUUCGCUGCUCAGUAUUGUACUAUUCAUAAUAAUGCUAAGUACAUACAGUGCUCGAGCAACAAACGAUCAGCAAACUGCGGCGGCCUUAGAAACAUCAUCAACAUCACUUCCCCAAAAUAGCCAACCUUUUAUGUUCGGGUUUACACAAUCCGUAUACAACGUUAGUAUACCGGAAAACAGCUUGGGCCGAACAUAUGCCACACAAAAUUCGGGUGAAGAUCGUUUAGGUAUACAAAUAACACCAGAUGUGGCAGAACUCGAAAUUAAAUAUAAAAUCAUGGCAGGGGAUCGUGAUAAAUUUUUUAAAGCCGAAGAACGUUUAGUGGGUGAUUUUUGUUUUUUAUCCAUAAGGACUCGUACCGGUACGAUGGACGUUUUAAAUCGUGAACGACGUGAUAAAUAUGUACUUGAGAUUCGUGCGACGGCAACUAAACGUGAUAGUAAACCUAAAGUAGUUUUAGAAGCGGAAACAAUUGUGAUUGUUAAAGUUUUAGAUACGAACGAUUUAAAUCCAUUUUUUGUUCCAAGUGAAUAUGAACAAACUGUGCCAGAAGAUACUCCUCUACAUAAAAGCAUUUUAAAAGUUCAAGCAGAGGAUGCAGACUUAGGACGAAAUGGAGAAAUAUAUUAUAGUUUCUUAGAAGAUACCGAACAAUUUGCUAUACAUCCAAUGUCUGGCGUUAUAACCUUAACACGCCCUCUACAAUACACGGUACGAUCAUAUCAUGAAUUGACGGUACUCGCUCAAGAUCGUUCAUCAUUAUUUGUUCGAUCUAGUGCGUAUCGGCAAGCAAAAGUUCGAAUUCGAGUGAAGCAAGUGAACUUAUAUUCGCCAGAGAUUUAUGUGCAACAUUUGCCGCAUAUCGUUGAACAUUCAAACGCAGAUAUUUAUGCCAUUGUCCGUGUUAUCGAUAAGGAUAAAGGUAUACAUGGCGAGAUUAAAAGCUUAGAUAUUGUGGACGGUGACCCAGAUGGUCAUUUUCGUAUACGUCCUGCGUCUGCGCAAAAGGGUGAAUAUAAUAUUGAAGUAUUACGCUUACUAGAUAGAGAACAAACUCCACAAGGUUAUAACUUAACUUUACGUGCUGCUGACAAUGGUAUUCCAUCGCGCCAAAGUUAUAAAUCAGUCCCAGUCCAUUUAGCUGAUUUAAAUGAUAAUGCUCCAGUAUUUAAUCGUGAGAUAUAUGAAGUUAAAGUUCCUGAAACUGCACCGAUCAAUACACCUGUGAUACGUUUAAAAGUUACUGAUUCAGAUGAUGGUAAAAAUGCGCAAGUAUUUCUAGAAAUCGUUGGUGGAAAUGAAGGUGGAGAAUUUAGAAUAAACCCCGAUACGGGUAUGCUGUAUACAGCUAUGAAAUUAGAUUAUGAAUCUAAAGCGUUCUAUACAUUAACAGUUUCGGCAAUCGAUCAAGGUAAUACUGGAACUCGUAAACAGUCGUCGGCCAAAGUAAAAAUUAAUGUUGAGGAUCGAAAUGAUAACGAUCCAAUAUUCGAUAAACCGGAACAAACAGUAUGGAUUGAUGAAAAUGAACCACCAGGUACAUCGGUAACGAAAGUUACAGCAAAAGAUCGAGAUUCCGGAGAGAAUGGUUACAUAUCAUAUAGUAUUGCAAAUUUAAAACCAGUGCCAUUCGAAAUUGACCAUUUUUCGGGCGUAGUUCGAACAAAAAGUAUUAUUGAUUAUGAGAGUAUGCGUAGGGAAUAUAUUUUACGCGUUCGAGCAUCCGAUUGGGGUUUACCGUAUCGACGACAGACUGAAAUGCAGUUAACUAUUAAGGUGAAAGAUAUUAACGAUAACCGCCCACAAUUUGAAAAAGUCGAUUGUGUCGGUCAUAUUCCUCGCUACAUUUCGAUUGGAACAGAACUUAUGACAUUAUCAGCCAUUGAUUUUGAUCGUGGAAAUAUAAUAAGUUAUCGAAUUGUUAGUGGCAAUGAAGAUCAUUGUUUUAAUUUGGAUUCAACAUCGGGAGUGCUAAGUGUGAGCUGUGAUUUAAAUGACGUUAAAGUGUCUGAACGCGAAUUGAACGUAACGGCUACAGAUAAUACUCAUUUCGCUGAUAUAUCUCGAAUUUAUAUGCAUUUAGUCCAAGUUAAAAGAAAUAUUGGUGCAGGUAGCCGCUAUUCAGGUGGUGAUCCCAAUGCAGGUUUUGAAUGCCGUGAUACGGGUGUUGCUCGGCGAUUAACUGAAGUUUUGGCAGCUGCUGAAAAGAACAAUAUGGCUGGUUAUGCAAUAUCUAUGGCAGAGGAAUUUGGAAUGAUGCCAAGCCGUUAUGGGCAAAAUAUGCACAUACCUGAAUUUAUCGAUUUUCCAUUAGAAAUCAGAGUGAAUGAAUCCGUACCGUUAGGGAUAAAACUUGCAAAAUUAAAAGCCCGUGACCGAGAUUUAGGUUAUAAUGGAAAACUGGUGUUUGGUAUUUCGGGUGGCGAUGAAGAUUCCGUAUUUUGUCUAGAUGCUGACACUGGAGAAUUACGCGUAAUUGGCUACUUAGAUAGAGAAAGGGAAAGCGAAUAUUUCCUUAAUAUCACAGUCUACGAUUUGGGAAAACCACAAAAAGCAUCGUCUCGAAUUUUACCAGUAACGAUAUUAGAUGUUAAUGAUAAUGCUCCAAAAUUCGAAAAAACUUUAGCCAGUUUUCGUGUAACUGAAAAUGCAUUGAAUGGUACUGCUGUCUUUCGUGCUAACGCAACUGAUGUAGAUAUUGGCGAUAAUGCAAAAAUAACUUAUUCACUAGUAACAGACACUGAAGACUUUUGUGUAAAUUCAGGAACAGGUGUGCUUUCGGUUUGUUCUAACUUGGACCGUGAACGUCAAGAACUUUAUGAAUUACGUAUUCGUGCAACCGAUAAUGGCGGGGGUAAAAACACAGAUGAUAUUCCAGCAUUAUAUUCCGAUGCAAUAGUUCGAAUUUCAAUAGACGAUAUAAACGACAAUGCUCCAGUAUUUAGCUUAAACAGCUACAAUGUUAAAAUCCGUGAAGAUAUACCCAAAGGUAGUGUUGUUGCAAUCGUCACUGCAUCCGAUCCCGAUAUUGGUCCUGGGGGUGAUAUUGUUUACAGUUUGAUCGAUAAUAAUGAUAAUGAUGGUGCAUUUAAAAUUGAUAAACUAUCGGGUACAAUUAGAACCGUAAAACCGUUAGAUUUCGAAGAACGUCAAGUACAUAUUUUAAAAGUGUGUGCUGAAGAUCGUGGAGUGCCGUCACUAAGUUCUGAAGCGUAUGUGACCGUGAAUGUUGUAGAUGUGAAUGAAAAUUUAUAUGCACCCAAAUUUGAGGAUUUCGUGUUAGAAGGUGCUGUGUAUGAAAAUCGACCAGUGGGUACUGAAGUGAUGCGUGUAAAAGCUACAGAUCAAGAUCCUCCAGGAGAUGACUCUCGUGUGAGUUAUUCAAUACGUGGUGGCGAUGGAAUUGGAUUAUUUUCAAUUGACACAAAAGGUGUUAUUCGAACAAUGGCUGUUUUGGAUAUUGAAAGUAAGCCACAUUAUUGGUUGACUGUUUAUGCUCAAGAUCAUGGAGUUGUUCCAUUGGAUUCCAGUGUAGAGGUUUUUGUUAAAGUUUUAAAUGAAAAUGACAAUGUACCAUUAACACUCGAACCAAUAUAUUAUACAUCCAUUCCGGAAGAUUCACCUGGUGGAAAAGUAGUUGUACAAAUGCAAGCAGAAGAUGCUGAUAAUGAUCCAGAUGAAAAAUUAUCUUAUAAAAUUGUAUCUGGUAAUCCUGAAGGUUUCUUCUCAAUUAAUUCGUCCACUGGGAUUAUAACGACUACGGCUCGAAAACUCGAUCGAGAAUUACAAUCCGAACAUAUACUUGAGGUCAUGGUAUCAGAUAAUGGGAAACCAACAUCAUUGUCAUCUACUACUCGUGUUGUUAUAACUGUUGAUGAUAUUAAUGAUCAUGGCCCUAAAUUCGAACAAGGUUUUUACAAAAUACAAAUUCCUGCGUCAGCGGUAUUAGAACAAGCUUUAUUUCAAGUGCUUGCAUUUGACGAUGACAUUGGAAAAAAUGGUGAAAUUUCGUACAGUAUUAAAUCUGGACGCGGCAAAGCAAAAUUUAAGAUACAUCCUACAACCGGAGUUGUGUAUGCGCAAAAACCGUUUGAAGCUGGACAAGAAUAUGACCUUAUGGUAAAAGCUACUGACGGCGGUGAUCCAUCAAAAAGUCAAACAUGCCGGGUUUCAAUACAAGUGGUAGCCGUCCCUACAAAUUCUGAACAUCCGCCAGUCCUAAAAGGUGACCAAUAUGUAGAUGUUACAGAAAAUGAUGAAGCUGGAUUUUUAGUGACGUUAAUACAAGCCUCUGAUCCCGAUAACGAUACUCUAUGGUUUGAUAUUGUUGAUGGUGACGAAGAUGAGGAAUUUUACAUUGGUCGUGAUAAUGGAAAUGUUCUGUUGGCACAUAAAUUAGAUCGUGAAAAGAAAGAGAAAUAUAAUUUGACAAUAAGUGUAACAGACACAAUACAUACCGUUUUCACUCAAUUAUAUGUCACAGUAAUUGAUAUAAAUGAUCAUCGACCCGAAUUUUCUGAAUCAUUAUAUCGUAUACAAAUAUCCGAGGUGGUACCAGAGGGUACGGAAAUACUAAAAUUACAAGCAACAGACGCAGAUGCACACAGUAAACUAUUAUUUAGUUUACAUUCGGCACGACACAGUACAUCAAUGCAAGAUUUUAAAUUGGACUCAUUAACUGGAUCAUUAACCUUAGUUAAAUGUUUAGACAGAGAAACAAUUGCAGAACAUUUACUUACGGUAAUGGUUAGAGAUGGGGGUACACCAGCAAAACGAAAUUAUGCCCGAGUGUUAAUAACUGUUCAUGAUCAUAACGAUCACACGCCACAGUUUUCCACACCAAUACUUGAGGGCAAGGUGUAUGAAUCUGCUGCGAUUGGUAGUGCUGUGUUACGUGCAUAUGCGAUUGAUCAAGAUUAUGGUGACAAUGCAAAAAUUAGCUAUUCAAUUACAUCAGGAAAUAUUGGUAAUGUUUUUAGUAUUGAUCCAUCUUUAGGAACAAUACAAGUAGCACGGGAAUUAGACUUAUCAACUUCUUCGGAGUAUACAUUACACAUAAAGGCGACAGAUCAUGGGCGACCUCCAUUAUCUGUAUCAAUUCCCGCACAUAUCAUGCUGACUAUGGCUGAUAAUGCACCACCAAGAUUUUUAAAGCCAGAACUAGCAGCUGAAAUUUAUGAAAAUCAAGUCAUUGGAAGUUACGUAGUUCAUCUCGAAGCACGAAGUACAUCUUCGUUGCUCUACGAAAUCACCGAAGGAAAUAUUAACGAUGCUUUUACAAUCAGUCCAAGUACUGGUGUGAUUGUCUUAAACGAUAAAUUAGAUUACGAAACAACACGAUUUUAUAAUUUAACAGUUGUCGCUACUAACAUGGCAGGAAGUAGCGCGCACUGCUACGUGAUCAUUCAUGUUCUCGAUCAAAAUGAUAAUGCUCCAAUAUUCAUACAAUCAAAUUAUGUUGGAUACAUUUCGGAAGCAGCACAAUUUGGAGCCCUUGUAUUGACCAAUGAUAGUUCCCCGUUAGUGAUUAAAGCAUUUGAUGCAGAUGCAGAAUUAAAUUCUUUAUUAAAUUAUGAUAUUAUUGAAGUACUACCCAGAAAAUAUUUUCAUAUUGAUUCAAAUACAGGGGCAAUUCGAACUGUCCACCUUUUAGAUCAUGAAACUAAUGAUCAAUUUGAAUUUAGUGUAAAAGUAACUGAUUUAGGAAAACCACGUUUAUCAUCUGAAACUACAGCGAGUGUAAAAAUAAUUGUGACUGAUGUUAAUGACUGUACACCAGUUUUUACCGAAAAAGAAUACAACGUCACGCUACUUUUACCUACUUAUAAAGAUGUGGCAGUAACACAAGUGAAUGCAACUGAUCCUGAUAGUCCCGAAUUAACAACGUUACGUUAUGAUAUUAUUGAUGGAAAUAAAGAAAAAAUAUUCCAUAUUGAUCAAUUAACAGGAAUUAUUCAGGUUUCAAACCCUGAUCAAAUUCAACAGCGCUACAAACUCCAUGUUCGUGUAUCAGAUGGAAAAUUUUCUAGUAUCGCAUAUGUAAAUAUAAAAAUAGAAAAUUCCGAAAACUCUGGUUUGGUAUUCCAAAAAAGCAUAUAUGAGGGAUCUGUCUUGGAAAAUUCAACAAAAAUAUCCACUGUAUGCGUUGUAAAUGUUGUUGGUAGUGAACUAAACGAACAUAUCCAGUUUAGUAUUUUAAAUCCAACCGAUUUGUUUACAAUCGGAUCAACAUCUGGUGCAAUUCGUACUACAGGUAUUCGUUUUGAUCGUGAAGUACAAGAUAAUUAUGAAUUAAUUGUGGAAGCAAAAAGUGUUGCUACGCCGGACCGAGAUAAACCACGUAUAGCACAUGUAAUUGUAAACGUAACCGUUAUGGAUAUUAACGAUAACUGUCCAAUGUUUGUUAACCUACCAUAUUACGCUGUGGUAUCAAUCGAUGACCAAAAAGGUGAUAUUAUAACCAAAGUUCAUGCAAUCGAUAUGGAUAGCUCCGAAAAUGGUGAAGUCCGAUACGAAUUAGUUAAAGGCCAUGGCGAAUUAUUUAAAGUAAAUCGUAAAACUGGAGAAAUUGAACUAAAACAAAGUUUGGAAGGCCAUAAUCAUGAGUAUAAAUUAACUAUUGCUGCUUACGACGGUGGAAUUACUCCAUGUUCAACAGAAGUCACUGUACAUGUAAAAGUAAUUGAUCGUUCAAUGCCUGUAUUUAAAAAACAAUUUUAUUCGGAAUCAAUACCAGAAAAUCUAGAACUGCAUUCUACACUUGCUAUGUCUGUGGAAGCUGAAUCGCCCCUAGGGCGGAAGUUGAUUUACAGUAUUGUUAAAGGCAAUGAAUUAGAGGAAUUCGCAUUAGACUUUAACACUGCCCCCGACAGUAACAAUGGUCCCUGUGUCAUAUCAAUCGUGGACGAACUAGAUUACGAACAAAAACAACAAUACGAGCUUAUUGUCCGAGCUACAGAUUCCGUUUCUGGUGUGUACGCGGAAGUUCCCGUGUCUGUUUUAAUACAAGAUGUCAACGAUUGUCCACCCGAAUUCCCAGUCGACAUUUAUAAUGUUUCUAUAUCAGAAGCUGCCUCUGUCGGAUCUACGGUUUUAAAAGUUUCCACACGGGACAAUGAUACUGGUAUUAAUGCCAAAGUACAAUACUCACUUCAAACGGAUUCAAACAACUCGAGUGAAUACUUUUAUAUUGAGCCCACUGAAGGUUUGAUCCUUUUAAAACAACCAUUGGAUCACGAAUAUUCCAGUGCUUAUCAUUUCACCGUAGUUGCCACAGAUAUGGGAAUACCGUCUCUUUCUAGUACUGCCCACGUAUGGUUAAAAGUUUUGGAUAUGAAUGAUAAUCCCCCUAAAUUUGAUUCUACUUCAUAUAAAGCUGGAUUAUCAAUUCAUGCAUCUAGAGGACAGUUUCUAACAAUAUUGAGUGCUAGUGAUCCCGAUAUUGUCGAUGAAGACAAUCUUAAGUAUACAAUUGUUGCUGGAAAUGAACAUCAAACAUUUUCAAUGAAUCCAAAUACAGGUAUUAUUACGCUUCUAAAUUUGGCAAACUUUGGAGAAGAACGAAGUACAUUAUUGAAUAUAUCUGUAUCGGAUGGCGUUUAUACAAGUUUCACAAAAUUAAAUGUGAAAUUAUUACCAGCAAAUUUACAUUCACCAGUUUUUCCACAUGUUUUGUUGGAAGCAAAAAUUGAAGAAAAUCAGCCACGCGGUCAACAUGUUAUAACCGUACAAGCCACAGAUGCUGAUUUUGGUGAAUUUGGAACCCUUACGUAUUCAAUUCAUUCUGAAUUACUUAGUGAAUAUUUUCGAAUAAAUAAAGAUAGUGGUGAAAUAUUCACGAAAGUAAAAUUAGAUCGAGAACAUCAAGAAAUUUAUGAAAUUCCUAUAAUGGCAACGGAUGGCGGUAGCCGAUCUGGAUUUAUGACUGUGCGUGUUCGAGUGUUAGAUGUUAAUGACAACAGUCCACAAUUUUUGCUGCGUGAAUACAAAGCUAGCAUACAUAGUAAUAAUUCUAUUGGUACACCAUUUUUAAAGAUUCGUGCAAUCGAUGCUGACGAAAAUGAAUCUGCACAGAUUCAAUAUUCAAUAUACGAGACCCAGAAAACAGGAAUACAUGAAAUAUUUGCAAUUAACCCAAACACUGGUGGAAUAUUUCUAAUUAAAAGUGCUAGUGCUUGGGAAAGUCAAACAUUUCAAUUCUUUGUUCGAGCCAAAGAUAAUGGAUCACCAUCACUCCAUUCUGAUGUUCCAAUAAAUGUCCUUAUCAUGGCACCAAGUGAUACUCCGCCAGUAUUUGAACGUAACGAUGAUAAGUUCUUUUUGUCUGAAAAUUCCCCGAUUGGAACUGUAAUUACACGCCUGAAAAUGGUUUCAAAUGUCUCAGUAAUUUAUCGAAUUAUUUCUGGAUCAGAAGAAAAUUCGGAAUUUACAAUUGAUUCUCAAGGACAGUUAGCUUUAGCGAGACCGCUAGAUUUUGAUUUGAAAGAUUCGUAUUUGAUUGGAAUUGUAGCUGAAACCGAUAGUAGUCCACCUUUGACAGCAUUGGCAGAAGUUGCUUUGCAAGUUUUAGAUGAAAAUGAUCAUGUACCUAAAUUUGAAAGCUCUCCAUACACAAUACUAAUCGCUGAAAACAUUGAAGAAGGAACCUCCAUAUUGAAAGUAAUGGCACACGACGAGGAUAAGGGAAAUAAUGGGGAAGUUCGCUACUCAAUUGGAAUCGAUAGUGAGGAUACAGUAAAUGUAUUCGCAAUCGAUGCGUACACCGGUUGGAUAAAUACUUUAAUUAAAUUGGAUAAAGAAGAGAAAUCUGAAUAUAGAUUUUAUGUAAUUGCCUCAGAUAAUGGAACACCAAAAUUAAAAACUCGAACUACUGUUGUUGUUCGAUUAAAAGAUUAUAAUGAUAGUCCACCAGUCUUUAAAAACAGUAUUUACGAAGCAUCAGUACGCGAAGAUGCUGCGCCAGGAACUGCCUUUAUUCAACUUGGCAUAACAGAUGCAGAUUUGGAUCUGAAUACUCCUGUCAAAUAUUAUAUCAUAGCUGGUGAUUCACGAUCACAAUUUCAAAUACGGGAUUCUGGUGAAGUAUACGUUGCUAAACCAUUGGAUAGAGAAUCCAUUUCAUCGUAUAAAUUAGAAAUUAUUGCAACGGAUGGGCUAUUUUCUGCUAGAACUAAGCUUCAAAUUGAAGUGCUAGAUGCUAACGAUAAUCCACCAUACUGUGUGCGGUAUCGAUAUCGACAAGUAUUAUCAGAAGGAAUUCUUCCAGGAUCUUAUAUUCUUACAAUAUUAGCUACAGAUGUCGAUGAUCAUGCGCAAACUAAGUUAAAAUACUAUUUAACUGGUAUUGGAGCCGAUAAAUUUAGUUUAGAUAUCGAUAAUGGUUACUUGAAGACAGCGAGAUCAUUAGAUCGUGAAAAUCAAACCAAAUAUCUGUUAAUUGCACAUGUUCAAGAUCGGGAACAUACAAAUUGGGAAUGUUCAUCACAAGUGGAAUUGAUUGUAUCUGAUUUAAAUGAUAAUCCACCAAUAUUUUCUUCAACACAUUAUUCGGUCGCAAUUCCAGAAGAUGUAGAUGUUGGAACACUCGUCACGAAAGUGCACGCAACGGAUGCUGAUAUAGGUAUAAAUCGUAAAAUUAAAUACUCAUUCAUCGAUUCCGCUCGAGAUCAUUUCAAAAUUGCUGCUGAUAGUGGAAUUGUAACAUUAGCAAAACCACUAGACAGAGAACUACGUGCAAUGUUUAAUCUAACAAUUCAAGCUGUUGAUCAGGGUACUCCACAAUUAUCAUCCAGUACUAUCUUGGUGGUGAAUGUACAAGAUAUUAAUGACAAUCCACCUGAAUUCACAUCAAAAUAUUAUUUUGCCAAUGUUGCGGAGAAUACAAUGGUUGGUUCAGAAAUUACUUCAGUUAUGGCAACAUCAAAGGACACCGGUGUUAAUGCUGAAGUUUAUUACUCCAUUGUUGGUGGCAACGAACAUAAAAAAUUCACCAUUGAUGUAAAUUCGGGUGUUAUAAAAUUAAUAGAACCUUUAGAUUAUGAGCGUGCUAAGGAUUAUUUCUUAACAAUUCAAGCCGUUGACGGUGGAAAUCCACCCCUAAGCAAUUUGGCAACUAUGAAUAUAACAGUUAUCGACAGUAAUGAUAAUGAACCUGUGUUUAGUCAGCAAUCAUACAGCACAAUAAUUCGAGAAGAUGCUCAAGUUGGUGAUAAAGUCUUGCAGGUUGUUGCAACCGAUUUGGAUAGUGGUGAAAAUGGUAGAAUUACGUAUAAAAUCAAACGAGGGGACCGUUUAGGUCAAUUUGUGAUUGAUGAAGAAACUGGUUACAUAUCAGUGGGUGGUAAUUUAGAUCGCGAGUCAAUUUCAGUUUACGUUCUAGAAAUUUAUGCAGAAGAUAACGGCUUACCACAAUUAUCCAGUAGUGUUGAUAUUAACAUCGAAAUAUCUGAUGCGAAUGACAACAAACCAAUAUUCUCACAACAAAACUAUUCGGCCGUAAUCCAAGAAGAUAAACCAAUUGGUUUUUCAAUACUGAAGUUUAUUGUAACCGAUGCUGAUACCUACCCAAACGCUGCUCCGUAUACAUUUGAUUUUCAUAAGGGUAACGAAAAUGGAUUGUUCCGAAUUGAACAAGAUGGUAUCCUACGAACCGCUACUAAAUUUAAUCAUCGAAUUAAAGAUAAUUAUUUAUUACAAAUUCGUGUUUUCGAUAAUGGAACACCUCCAUUGUAUUCGGAUACCUGGGUUGUGGUUAAAAUUAUCGAAGAAUCACAAUAUCCGCCUGUAAUAACUCCUUUAGAAAUUUCGAUUAAUUCGUAUCAAGACGAUUAUCCAGGUGGAAUAAUUGGAAAAGUUUAUACAACAGAUCAAGAUCAAUACGAUACGUUAACAUAUUCGAUAACACAAACGAACGGUAUUAAAUAUCCGAUGACCGAUUUAUUCCAAAUUGAUCGUACUGAUGGUACAUUAAAAGCAUUUUCACAAGUGGAUGUUGGAGAAUAUCGUUUAAAUAUUUCCGUAACUGAUGGUAAAUUCUAUGCUUUUGCUUUAGUUAAAGUCUUUAUUGAUUCGGUAACCGAUGAAAUGCUUGAAAAUUCUGUGGUUAUACGAUUCCGUGAAGUUUCGCCACAUGAAUUUAUAUUGAGCCAUAAAAAAGGUUUCAUUCGAACUGUGCGUAACGCUUUAAAAUCACGUCUAAAAGAUGUUAUUUUAAUUAGUGUGCAACCAUCCUCUGAUAGUAGUUUACUCCACCAACGCUCUGUUCGGGGCGAAUUACAGCAUCCAGCUGUUUUGAGUGAUGAUUUUAGCGAAAAUAAUGUUCAUCAGCGAUCUGUGCGAAAUGCGUUCACAAAUUACUCAAAUUAUCAACAUUCGAAACAAUUUGGAAAUCAUGAUCUGGAUGUUUUAUUUGCGGUGAAAAAAGCGGUUGUCGGUUACGGUGGAUAUUUUUCAUCAGAAACAAUUCGUAAAGCGUUAAAUAAAAAUCUAAUUGAAUUAGAAGAAUCAACAAAAUUAGUUGUAGAAGAAAUUGUUCCCAUGAAGUGUACAAAUACCUUUUGUGUUUUUGGUGAAUGUCGGGAUCGAAUUAUCCUUGAUAAUACAAAGUUAACUACUAUUUCUACGGAUGUUAUAAGCUUUGUUUCACCCUAUCAUGAACAUAAACUCGAAUGUAGUUGUAAACAAGGCUAUGGCGGUGAUCGUUGUGACAAUGUUAUUAACGACUGUGCUCGAGAACCAUGUUCGAAGUUCAAAUUAUGUGUGCCAGAUUCAUCAACACAAGGAUAUACAUGCCAAUGUCCAGAAGGUUUUGCUGGAAUUAAUUGUGAUGUUGAUGUGUCGAAAUGUCAUGAUGAAACCUGUUACAUACCCAGAAAUCCUGUAUCUUUUAGUGGUAAAAGCUAUGCUCAAUAUGAUGUAAAAGGUGUUGAGGAUAAAUUGAGCUUUAGCCUACGUAUCCGAACUCUUCAGCUUACAGGAACUUUAAUGUAUGCGGCUGGAAUUAUUGAUUAUAACAUUUUGGAAGUUGUUAAUGGUGCUGUUCAAUACCGAUUCGAAUUGGGUAAUGGUGAAGGUUUGGUAAAAGUGUCAACUCUAUUUGUAUCCGAUGGUCAUUGGCACGAAAUUAAAUUGGAACGUGAUGGAAAUAGUGCAAGGAUAACUGUAGAUGCUACUCAUGUGGCUCAUGGGUCUGCCCCAGGUGUUAGUGAUAUGCUAAAUAUACAAGAUAAUGAUAUCUACAUUGGCGCUGAAGUCAAACAACACCCAACUGUGUUAGGUUUUGAAGAUAUUCAACGAGGAUUCUCCGGUUGUAUGGAUGAUAUUCGAGUAUCCCGAGUUCCAAUCCCACUGCAUAAAUCGGGUGCUAAUUCUGUCGCAAUCUUAAAAAGAUUCGCAAAUGUUGAAUUCAGUUGCGAUACUUUAAGUGUGCUGCGACCACCUGGCGCUUGUAGUUCUCAACCUUGUCAAAAUGGCGGUACAUGUAAAGAAGUUAAAAACGGCUACGAAUGCCAAUGUCAUUCAAGAUUUCUUGGCGCACAUUGUGAAAUUGACACAGACCCAUGUGCAUCAUCUCCAUGUCUAUUUGGAGGUAAAUGUAGUGUGUCUACACACGGUAACGACUUUGUGUGCGAAUGUAUUCCAGCACGUUUGAAAGGAAAACGUUGUGAAUAUGGACAUUAUUGCGAACCAAAUCCUUGUCGUCAUGGUGGUUUUUGUGAAGAAGGUGAUACUGGACCUUUAUGUAAAUGCAAAUUUUGGACCGGAAAUCAUUGUGAGCUUGAUUUAGAUGAAUGUGAAACAAAUCCGUGCCAAAAUGGUGGUACAUGUUUAAACGAACCUGGAUCUUAUAAAUGUUUUUGUCCGCCAAAUACAACUGGUGUUCAUUGUUCAAAUCCUAUAUAUUCCACACCUAUUACAUCAAAUAUUUAUAAUAUUACGCUUGAAGAAUUAUACUUAACUGCUGCCGUGGUAGGUGCAAUUAUCUUUUUGGUGCUAAUAUUUAUUAUUUAUCGACGAUGCCAUAUGAAACGUAAUAUUCAACGUGCGAAUAUGAUCAACAAUAUUCAAGAACCACGUGAUAAAACUAUUUUAAAUUCAACAAGACCGCAUGAACUGGUAGAAUUUAAACGUGGAUCGAAGUUAAGUAAUUUGGAAAUUAGUCAGCGGGACCAACCGUUAUGUCCACCUAGACCUACAUCAUACACGCCUAGUUCAAAUAAUGAACCGUUGUAUUCGUAUAAUGCAUCAGUUGUUCUCAAUAAUUUGGAUACGUUACGCAGUUAUGGAUCUGCUGGCGAUGAAUUAGAGAACGUUCCACCAGACUAUUUACGAAAUUUAAACCGAAACACUUUAGCAAACGGUGGUAUAAAUUCGAAUAAUUGUGGCAGUGAUGCUGAUUCCUUACAUAAAACUACAUGGGCAGAACAAAUGCAUUUAGCAUCGUUUGCCGAUGGAUCGAAGAUUAAAAAUGAUUUAAAACAUACAAAUCCAUCAAUAGUGGAACCACCAACAAAUCGAUUUAUUUUACCCUCCAAACGAUUAUUACAGAAUAGUAAUUCCCAUCACCAUAAUAAUUCUUCAGGUGGCGGAGGUGAUUCAGAAGAUUCUCGUUUAGGUGCUGGAAUGUAUCAUUGGGAUUGUUCGGAUUGGGUGCGACGUAGUCAAAAUCCAUUGCCCGAUAUUACAGAAGUUCCGGGCAGUGAAGUGCCAGAUUCAUCGAGUUUUCAUAGCAAUGAAAGUAAUGAAUCGAAAUGUCAUCAUAUUUCAGCUCAAGGUUCUGGUCGAGAAAUUGAGCCAUUAAAUGAAGAAAUGGAAUCAGAAAGUUUAACUGAAUAUGGUUCAACAACAUUAAAUGCUUUAGAUAAUGGAACUGAAGAUUACCGUUUUAAUUCAGAUAGUUAUUUAAGACAUCCAAAUAGUUAUUUACCUAUACAUGGUUACAAUAUUCCAAGUGAAACAGAAGGGGGUAUUGAUGAAAAUACACCUUUACAUAGUCCCACAGCAUUAUCUGAUCAUGAUGUUGAGCCAUAUGGUUUUCCAAGUAAUCGUAAUAGACGAAAAUAUCAAGAUGAUGACAUCGGUUCUGUUAUAACUACACUAGAUGAACGGCAUUCAUUACUAACAAGCAACAGUGAUUUAUCAACAAAUUUAUGUGAAAUUGAAGAAUCUGAAUGUGAAACCGAAAUAAAACCUUUAAAUUGGAUAACAAAUGUACAUCAAACAUCAGUUUGACACCAAAUUAAAAAUCAUAACCAUAAUAAUUUCAUCACCCAAAACGAACAACUAAUGUUGUAUAAUAUUUAUAAAACAAUUCUAGUUUAUUGAUAUUAGCAUUUAAAAAUGAAAGAAAAAUUUCGAAAAUGCUCAAUGUCAUUAAAUUUUUUUUAUUAUUUAAAAAAA